AUGCAUCUUCCAGGCCUGCUCGCGUUUGUGGCAAUCGGAGCGACAGCCCGUGCUUCGCAGAGACCUCACAUCGUCAUUAUUGUCGCCGAUGACUUGGGCUGGGCGGACGUGGGCCACCACGGUUCACGGCAGCUGCUGACGCCCAACCUCGAUUCGCUGGCCGCCGAUGGACUGGCGCUGGCCCAACACUACACACAGUCCUCGAGCACGGCCACCAGAAGCGCCCUCCUCACCGGACUUUACGCUAUACACACGGGCACGCAGAAUGAUGAAAUAAAAAAUUCGGAGCCAUGGGGACUGCCCCUAAAGUUUAAAAUCCUGCCAGAACAUUUCAAAGAUCUGGGCUAUACGACGCACGCCAUAGGCAAGUGGCACCUGGGCUUCUUCAGGAAGGAGUACACCCCACUUAUGCGAGGCUUUGACCACCACUUUGGCUUCUGGACAUCGCACCACGGUUACUACGACCAUUGCUCGCACGAGACAUAUGCCGUUGACGGGAAAACGCUGUCAUCGUGGGGCCUUGAUCUCCGGCGAGAUUUCUCCGUCGUUAGCGACAGGGCCGGACAUUAUUCGACGACUCUGUUCACCGAUGAAGCGGUUGAUGUGAUUCGUUCUCAUAACGACUCAAAGCCACUGCUACUGUACAUCUCUCACCAAGCGGUUCACGUGGGCAACUCCUACCACCCACUCGAGGCACCGGCUGAACACGUGAAGAAGUUCAACCACAUCCGAGACAUGGGGCGACGCAUGCACGCCGCGAUGGUGUCGGCGCUGGAUGAGUCCGUGGGACGUGUGUUCGAGGCACUUCGCGAGAGGCAGGUGCUCGAGGACACCGUGGUGGCGUUCCUCUCGUCGGGCGGCGGCGACGCGUUCGAGCCGGCGGCGGGCUCCAACUGGCCCUUACGCGGAUCCAAGGGUUCGCUGUGGGAAGGCGGAACGCGCACCCCGGCAGUGCUGUGGAGCACCAAGGUGGCCCGGCCACGCGUUGCCGCGCAGCUUGCGCACGUCACCGACUGGUUACCCACCCUCUACUCGGCCGCGGGUGGCGACAUCACCGACCUCGGCGCCAUCGAUGGCAAGGACCUGUGGACCGUGCUUGUGGACGACCGGCCUUCCCCGCGCACCGAGAUCCUGUACAACAUUAACUACCAGUGGAAGCUGGCCGCCAUACGCGUCGGGUGGCACAAGCUGGUGCUGGGUGCGUCACCCGAGGACCAGCACGAUGGCUGGUAG